AUGCCACAGCAACUCCAGCUACAGCAGCCAAUAGAAGGGACCCCGUUGCAGCAGAUACCCACAUUCUACACCUCCAACAAAUUUCGGACUCAAAGCGGUCUGAUGGGACUGCUGGGAAACAGAAGUCAAAAGAUUUCGGAUUCUUCACUAUCGUCAAAGGAUGACGAGCUGAAGCGUUUAAAAAGAGAAGAAGGCGCUACCGACAAUGCAGUACCUCGCUCCUCCUACAUGUGCCGCAAAUGCCGUGCCCAUGGUCGAUUGAUUGCGGUACGCCAGCACAAACGCAACUGUCCCUACAAGCACUGCAGCUGUUCCGUCUGCUCUUUGGUCAACUACGGUAGGCACAUAGUGGCCCGUCAGAUCGCCCUUUAUCGCGAUCAGAAGAACCACCAUACCGAGGACGGUGGCGUGGGUGGAAGGACGCGGAACGGCAGCACCAAAUCGUGCGCCGAAAAAACUGAUCUGGAAGAAGAGGGACCCCACUGUCGACGUUGCCGCAACCAUGGGAAAACGAAUCCCUGGAAAGGCCACAAGAAAGUUUGCCCAUUCUACUAUUGCAUCUGUCAGCAGUGCAUUUUGAUUACACUGCGCAAAUCCAAUGAAAAGAAUCUGCGAGAAGUGGUACAGGAAUCCAAUAAGGAAAUGGGCUUAAAAGCACAAAGGAAACAGGCAACGGAUGAACUUUCCUUUCCAACCUCAUUUUAUAAUAGGAAAGCAGCUAAGUCCAGUCAAGAGAAGAGAGGUUUAACUGAAAAUGAGGAAAUACUACCAACAUGUUCGGUUGGAUACGGGUUAAGAUGGAAUUCAGUUAGGGAUCAUGAGGAAAUAGCACCACAUUCUAAUAUCACGAUUCCUGAAAGUGAAACAGGUUUCUUGUCAACCAGUGCCAUUGCAAGUACUCAACAGGAGAAUACUUUCUAUAAUUCGCGAACUCAUCAGGCAGCCGCUUUCGCAGCUGCGGCGGCAGCAGCGGUUGCUUUUCAGCAGGAAACAGCGGUCCCUUCUGCGGACUCGACAAUUGUACUGAAGGAGGAAGGCCAAAUUAAUUCCAACAGUCAGCUGGUGGGGCAGCCGGAUUUUUCUUUAACAGACACAUGGGUUUGCAGUGAAGAGCGAAAGUGCGUUCGGGCACCGAAAGAUGCAGACAGUGCAUCCUUGGAAGGAUUCGCAGGGUACAAUGGAUUUUGUAAUUUCUGGCAAAGCUCAUUCCAAUCAAUCAGAAGCGACGAUCAAGUCUGCACAGGUAAGCAUAGUCGCCUAAUGAAAUUAGAGUCCUAUUUCCUAGUUUAA